AACCCAAGAAGAAGAAGAAUUGUCCUGGUUGAAGCAACAGUAGGUGGCGCGGUGUGCCUUUUACGCUGCUUUACGUACCGUAGAAGAAGAAAGCACGCUGUUUCCUGUUAAAUGCCAAAUAAUAAGAAAGGAUUAACCUCUACUCUCAGACAUGUGGACACAAGGUGGCCUCUUAUCUGUGUUGUGUAGGGCUGUAGUCACUUCGUCUUCACGUGUUGUCAGGUGUAACAGAAGCAGAAAGUUACCGACGGAGAGCCUGUUCCUGAACCGAGCAUGCAGCGUCACGCGGCACGGUGAAAACACUACAGGGAAGCUGGAGCGCAACGGAGAGGCUAGGAAACCAGUGAUCUGUAUUGAGGGGAACAUUGCCAGUGGGAAGACGACAUGUCUGAAAUAUUUCAGCGAAACCAGCAAUAUAGAGGUGCUGACUGAACCUGUGUCAAAAUGGAGGAACGUCCGUGGCCACAACCCUCUGGCUCUGAUGUACCAGGAUCCAGAGCGCUGGGGCAUCACACUGCAGACCUACGUUCAACUCACCAUGCUGGACAGACACCUGUCAACCAUAUCAGCACCCAUCAGGAUGAUGGAGAGGUCCAUCUUCAGUGCCAAGCACAUCUUUGUGGAGAAUCUCUUCAGAAGUGGGAAGAUGCCAGAGGUGGACUAUGCAGUGCUGAGCGAGUGGUUUGAUUGGAUCACCACUAACAUUUCCCUUCCUGUUGAUCUGAUCGUGUACCUGCAAUCGUCUCCUCAGACCUGUCACGAGAGGUUGAAGCAGCGAUGCAGAGAGGAGGAGAAAGUCAUUCCGUUGGAGUAUCUGGAGACGAUCCACCAGCUGUAUGAAGACUGGCUCAUCAAACGUGUCUCCGCCCCUCUCCCUGCUCCUGUUUUGGUGAUCCCUGCUGACCACGACCUCGAGAAGAUGGUGCACCUGUAUGAAGAACACCGGGACAAAAUACUGGCCGCUAACUCCCUCUGAUACACACACACACACACACACACACACACUGAAGGUCCUUGAAAUAGGUUUACAAACUAUAUUAUAGAACUGUUCUGUUACAUCUUAAGGUUUUUACAAGCAACCAGAGCUCUUAGAAAUUUCACAAGUCAUAUCUUAACAAGGGGUUUGUAAUCAACCACAUAUGAAGUAGUAUGUGUUCUAGCUUUAAUAAUUAUAUAUCCUUUAAAGAAUGUCUCUGACAGGAUGAGAACAGUCUCAGAAAAAAGACCAAAUCAGACCAAGACAGCCUGUCGUUAGACACUUUGAAGUCGUGCUGACUCAUUCCACUUCUUGUCAUUUCUUUUACAGAUUUUUAAUUCUGGUUUGCAUUUAUUUAACAAUUGUAUGGACUGCACUCGUAGUCAGAUCACAAGAUGUUAUUACAAAGAGACCACAAGUUUUGGAAACUUAUCAUAUAAGUGGAGUGUUGGUGUAAGUUUAGUGCAAUGCUAUUUUACUUAAAAAUGAGACCAUGUAAUGUAACAUGUUUCUGUUAUUGUUAGUAAGGAAUGAGUUUUUUCUUCUCCUUUAAUGCUUUGUUAAAUAAAUAAGUAUAUGAUCUAA